AUGGCUGAUGGCAGAAACAAUAAUAUCUCCGCUGUUACAGAGCGAACGGUUAUCUCAGAUUUAAACUGUGUAGUAUUUUAGACCAGGGGGGAUACCAGCGUAGAUUGUAAAUAUGGCGCACCGAUAUCUGUUCCUGACGAGAAGCUGUAGGAAUUUAUUCAAAAGCAUGUUAUCACCAAACAACGUCAGAGCGAGCGAUGCACGACUGGUGGUCAUGGCACAUCCUGACAGUCUGGUUGCCCUCAGCAGGGGAACGAUGCUUGCCAGUUUCUUAGGUGCCUACAGAAGAUUGUGCUCCAAGCCUCCUAAAGGGUUUGAGAAGUUCUUCCCCAAUGACAAGAAUGGCGCUAAGAACAGCGAGCCCAAACCAGCCAGUUCAGAAGCUAAAGAGGCCAAACCAACCAACGCACAGAGAGCGACUGGAAGAUCAGCUGGAGGAGGUGGAGGAGGAGCAGGUGGCAGUGGUGGAGGUGGAGGAAAGAGAGGAGGGAGGAAGGAGGAGUCUACCUGGUGGAGUCGAUUGCAAAAGGGGGAAAUUCCAUGGGACGAUAAGGAGUUCCGUGUGUACUUCCUGGCCAGUGCGGCCUUCUGGGCAGCGGUCACCUACUACUUCCUAAUCCACAGUGCUGGUCAGGAGGUCACCUGGAAGGACUUUGUCAACAGCUAUCUCUCAAAAGGACUCGUGGACCGGCUGGAAGUUGUCAAUAAACGCUAUGUCAGAGUAAUCAUCCCCCCUGGAAAGAUGCCAGUCAGUGGACAAUAUGUGUGGUUCAACAUCGGGAGUGUGGACACGUUUGAGCGCAACCUGGAGACGGCGCAGAUGGAGGUGGGAAUUGAGGGGGAGAACAGGCUGCCCGUGAUCUACUCCACAGAGAGCGACGGGUCCUUCCUGCUGAGCAUGCUGCCCACGGUGCUGAUCAUCGGCUUCCUGCUGUACACGCUGCGCCGGGGCCCCGCGAGGGGCGGGCGGCCCGGGCGGGGCAUGGGCGGGCUCUUCAGCGUGGGCGAGACCACCGCCAAGGUGCUGCGCGACGAGGUCGACGUCAAGUUCAAGGACGUGGCGGGCUGCGAGGAGGCCAAGCUGGAGAUCAUGGAGUUUGUCAACUUCCUCAAGAACCCCAAGCAGUACCAGGACCUGGGGGCUAAAAUCCCCAAGGGAGCUAUCCUGACGGGGCCCCCUGGCACAGGGAAGACGUUGCUGGCCAAAGCCACCGCCGGGGAAGCCAAUGUCCCCUUCAUCACCGUCAACGGCUCCGAGUUCCUGGAGAUGUUUGUGGGUGUGGGGCCAGCCAGGGUGAGGGACCUGUUUGUGAUGGCCCGCAAGAAUGCCCCCUGCAUCCUGUUCAUCGAUGAGAUUGACGCAGUGGGCCGCAAACGGGGGCGGGGCAACUUCGGGGGCCAGAGCGAGCAGGAGAACACUCUCAACCAGCUGCUGGUGGAGAUGGACGGAUUCAACACUACUACCAACGUUGUGGUGCUGGCAGGAACCAACCGACCUGACAUCCUGGAUCCUGCACUUAUGAGGCCCGGUCGCUUCGACAGGCAGAUAUACAUUGGCCCCCCUGACAUCAAGGGUCGGGCCUCCAUUUUCAAAGUGCACCUGCGGCCGUUGAAGCUGGACGCAGCCAUGGACAAGGAUGCACUGGCCCGUAAGAUGGCUGCCCUGACCCCCGGGUUUUCAGGUGCUGACAUCGCUAACGUGUGUAACGAAGCUGCACUGAUAGCAGCAAGACACCUCUCAGACGCCAUCAGCCAGAAGCACUUUGAGCAGGCCGUUGAACGGGUGAUAGGAGGUCUUGAGAAGAAGACCCAAGUCCUUCAGCCCGAGGAGAAGAAGACUGUGGCGUACCACGAGGCGGGGCACGCAGUAGCGGGGUGGUACCUGGAACACGCCGACCCCCUGCUGAAGGUGUCUAUCAUCCCACGGGGGAAGGGGCUGGGCUAUGCCCAGUACCUGCCCAAAGAGCAGUACCUGUACACAAGGGAGCAGCUGCUGGACCGCAUGUGCAUGACGCUGGGUGGGCGAGUCUCUGAGGAGAUCUUCUUUGGCAGGAUCACCACUGGGGCCCAGGAUGACCUGAGGAAGGUCACUCAGAGUGCCUAUGCUCAGAUCGUCCAGUUCGGGAUGAAUGAGAAGGUAGGCCAGGUGUCCUUUGACCUCCCGCGGCAGGGAGAGGUCGUGCUGGAGAAGCCCUACAGCGAGGCCACAGCGCGCCUCAUCGACACAGAGGUGCGACACCUCAUCGACACAGCCUACAAACGCACCCAGGCCCUGCUCUCGGAGAAGAAAGCCGAGGUGGAGAAGGUGGCGCUGCGCCUGUUGGAGAAGGAGGUUCUCGACAAAAAUGACAUGGUGGAGCUCCUGGGGCCGCGGCCCUUUGCCGAGAAGUCGACCUACGAGGAGUUUGUGGAGGGCACUGGCGGUAUGGAGGAGGACACCACCCUUCCUGAGGGCCUGAAGGACUGGAACAAGGAGCGUGACAAGGACAAGGAGGAGAGCACUGAGGAGCAGAUCGCGAGGCAGAUCACCGGUGGCAUGCCCUUCUGAGCCCCGCCCCCCACCUCCCCCACCCUAAAGGGCCCGAGUGGUAUGGGAGAGGAGUCUGCCUCUCAGCACACUCUCAAAGAGGCCCAGACUCAGGGCACAUCGACGCUCAAAGAGAUAUGGGUGUUGAUGCUAGUUCGUUUUCCACAGAGUAAAGGCCAGCAACUGAAAACGGAAGCGACGAUAUUUAAAAUCUUUGGCUACUCUUGACAGGGACUGUGGAAAAUGUAUGACAUAUUUGAGGAGAGGAAAAAAGAACCAGGCCAUCUACUUAUUUAUUCUGCUUCUGUGAAGUAGACAAGUUUGUGAAUGGAAAUGCCAAAUGAGUUUAAGCUACUGGUGAAAAUAUAAGCAGAAGUACUUUGUUCUUAAGAAGGAGAAAGCGAGUAUAAUAUCCUGUCUGUAUGGUUCAGUAUUGCCUUGCCACCAGCUACUGUAUUAAUGCAGUGGAAUUCAAACUUAAAUGAUCACAUAUAUGGCUGAUUGCAAUCAUUAAUAUUCAGAAAUUCACAAAAUGGUGGGCAAUAUGUACCUUCCACUGGCAGUAUGCUUCAACAUCAUGUUAUGCUUUCAGAAACCAAAAUACAGCUACGCUGCUAUGCCGAGGUGUGUCAUAGAUGCAAUAUAGAACUUGUGUUUUGAUUGUUAGGCAACGAAAGUUAUUUGAAUCCCGUUUCCCUCAGUGCUUCCACCCCGAUGCGCACACCCUUACACAUGCAUGUGUGUGCGCGCCACACCCCAGGUCAUUUUCAGUUCAGCGCGGCGAUCUGGCGUUUUUAGCGGGCCGCAGACAUCCUGACAGGCCGCCCAGGUUCUUAGUCAGCUGACCGCGCAGCUGCACGGUGACUGUGCCACCUGCUGCGCGUGCAACACACUCGGCGCAAGACACGGCAGCUGCCAGUCAUUCAAGUCUGCAGUACGUCCUCUGCAUUCCCCGCCCAGCUAGGGCUAAAACAAAAGACCCAUCUUUUUCUUUCUUUUUUUUUUUUUUUUGGAUAUCUGUGCGUCAUUAGAAUGCCAAAGCUAAAGGGUGCGUUACUUACAUCACAGUCACCGAUGUGUCAAACAUUUGAUCAGAAUCGAAAGGGCCCCAUCAACAUCAGCUUGUCGGUUUUGCAAACGUUUGUUUAUUUUGGGUAUGUAACAUAAUGUGUAAAAUGUACAUUUGGCUCUACUUUGUAAAUGUCUUUGAAGCUUUGUAAAU